AUGAUGUUAGUAAAUUAAGCGGGACUCUUUGGCCUCGAAGCAUUUUAAGUUUUGUUUUGAGCGACUUCCUUUGAUUAAUGCACGGCAUUGACAUGCUGCCACUUUCGUGAACCCUAAACAAUUUUCAAAGUAAGCAAACAUUGGGUUCCCUGGUUCCCUAUGGCCCUUGCGUUUGGCCUGAAGUGACCUGUCAGAUGGGGUACCAUUGGAAAGACUAAGGCGGUUGUGCGUUUAGGGAACUUCUCCCUCCGCGUGCUCUUAUUUUACAUCCGGAUACUAUAUGCAUGAGCAUACUACAUUAUUGAACGAAUCACUAGCGAACGUUCUUAAAUAUUUUUUUGAGUCUUGACUUGUUUUUCGUUCAUUUUGGCUCUCCCUGCCUUUCUUGUCAUACAACAUCUUCCUAAAAGUGCUCAUUCACCCUUCGAUUGUGGUCGAAGUUCUAGUCACCAGAACUCAUUUCCGGCAAAAUAUCCGUUUAUACAGAGUCCUCAGGACACCCCUCAUAUGCUUGUGAUAGGACGUUAUCAGUCUAACAGCGGCAAUGAUCCACACGUGCCUUACCUCCCCCUCCUCCACUGAUGAUGAUUUCGUAACUUUCAGAUUGUUGGCUCUCACCUACCUCCUUCGAAGUACUAAAGUUUCUCAAGUCAUAAUAAGAAACGUUUAUGCUUGGGUGUAUGUUAUUUUGUCCGACUCUCAUAAGCUGCUGUCAUCGUCAAUUCCACCUCUCAUGUCAUUCGGCCAGCGCAACAGGUAAGUUAAAAUUUUCUUUCUCGACGAGGACUAGCAGACGACAGGGGGACUUGUUAGUCAGAACGAAAGCCAAUACUGGUAACUGUGUUGUGGACCUAAAUCAAAUUAAGUUAAAUCUUUCGACAUAAUCAGAGCUCGCUUGAACUCCGCGUAUUUGAACCUUUCCCCCCUUGUCAAUAAUGCGAGACGACCUCUCGGCUACCAAGCGGUCCUACACCUUGACCUAUAAUCACAACACGUGGAGAUCGAAGCCAGAGUUGCCUGGAAGUUUAGACUACCUUUUUAAAGUCUUACUUAAGUCCUUUUGGUGUUUAAGCCGACAGUUCUCCGCAUGCUUACAUUUGUAAACUCCCACCCUUAAUUACACUGUACUUGUGGUUGAUGUUCAGCCUCUGUGUCUAACAUAUUUCUCUUUUUGAGGUUGUAGGUGCUCCCCUCUCCGUCAUAUGGAAGAAACACAGCAAGUGCCCUAUUCCUCCGUGCUGCGGAUUUAUUGUGGCACGGAUGUCCCUUUCACUGGAGUGUUCUGCACUCUUGACCCCGUGUCGGGCAACAUUGUCCUCUGUUCUCUUCCUGACAACACUGGUGGCGGUUCUGAGACUAUUACGAUCAUCUCGGGCUGGUCUAUCACCAAGGUUGAGGUAUUUCCCUUUACCCUUUCAGGGACCUUCUUAUCCUAUUCUACGUACUUCGUAGGCUAUGUCAUUCAUCCUGAGGCUCCUGGUUGAGGACGAGACGAUAAUUGCUUGCUGUGGAUCAACUUGAACAGCCCUCUUGCUCCUUUACGUUGUGAACAAGCAAAGAUCCUGUUAUGGGUCCUGGUUGGGGUUCAGACCUCGGGCUGAAGUAUCACCGGUUCUGACGACAAAUAAGUCAGAAAUGACAAUCUGGGUAGCUAAUAUUGUUCAGUUUAGUAACUUCCUAAUUUAAAAAUUUCGUAAGGAUACAGUGUGGUAGUUUUGUGGUCCGUCGUUGUUCCAUAAGGGGGGCCCAGCGGUGGCCGCUGCGCGAAUUCACUUGGUGUGGCCGACUUGUGCAGCAUCUACGGCGCCAACCGUGUCCCGAUGGCAAGGUGAAGUCAGGACGACCGAAGGUGGGCUAAGGUGAAGUGACAAGCCCCUUUACGCGUGCCGCGGGCGGCCUGUUCUCGAUUCCGCAUGUGCCAGGCUGUCCUAGAUGAUUCGCUCCUCACGUGCACAUCCUCACAUGCGGCGCCUCGCUCGUCGUACUGACGUUGGAAAUUUACGUCGCACGUGUUUUGCAUGAGCGUUGUGUGGUGUGUGGUCGAUCGUUUUGCCACGCGGUAGAUGCGUUGGUCAUACACGAGGUCCAAAUGCGAGUCCGGCAGGUGUUGUCGGGAUGGGCACCCAUAACAAAUGUCAACGCUGGGGUAUGGUGGCUGGUCCAGCUGCCGGUCCACGCCGCGCCAGUCGCGAUUUGUGCUCUCCCCUACUUUUGUUGUGGUAUAGGAUCCUGGUCAUUGUACAUUGUGGACCAGAGGGUGUGGUAGCACCCCCAGUUGCGGGUUUACGCUCCACUAGCCUCCUGUGUCCUCUCCCACCUCCCGUCUUCUUGACUCUGUCUUGACACCGGGCCAAGGUGGGGGAGGAGGAGGAGGAGGAGGAGGAGAGAGUGGUAGAUGCAGCGCAAGCCUACUAUCACUGUAAACUGAUUCACGCGAAAGCCACCGUCCCGGCUCUCACCCUACUGUGGCACACACGAUAGACAUCGUCGGUCACUACGUUCCAACUGUCCUGGUUCCCUGUUUUCAGUGCGACAAAUUCUCAGGUGACUGACCAGGCCGUUGUGAGAUCCGAAAGUGCGGUAUCGAUGGGCAUAGACUGGGACUGGAUCCACAUUGCUGGCAGCAUGAGUAAUGAUGAUGGUGUUUGGCAUGAUGGUAGGAGUGACCGUGCUUAUGAUAUUAUCAGUGGUGCUAUUCUGUGAGAUGGGAGGCUGGUUUGUUGUACCGACAUUGUAUUGGAUCCGCAGACGUCUGACGAGUCCAAUCCGUUGGCAAUGUGAACAUGAUGGCUAAGUUCAGAUGCUUGCAUCGUCACUUCGCGUCACUUCAGACUUGUGGGCUUAUCGUUUUGCCUAGCCCUCUGUUAGUUGAUUGGCCCCAAAGAUGGCUGCUCCAGUCUUUUAGGAAGCGCCUUUCGCCUGCUGAUUCUGUGCGAAACCCCAGGUCACAGGCCUCAUGUGUAGGCACUCGUGAGUGGUUUUCAGACUGUCCUUGUUUCUUUAAUGUUGUCCGCCUGGUCUGUCGUCCCGCGUAUUGACGCCGCCAUAGAAUUACGGCCCGGACAGGCGGUCAUCAUUCGUCCCCACGAAGUGCCUUCCCCAUUGCGGUUGUAACCGCGUCAGCAUGGAGCAAGCAGUGAGGACGUCGGUUCCUUCUAGGACUUCAGUGUUUUUGGAUUUUUCCUGAGGUGCAAAUGGUUGUGUUCUGCAAACUGUCCCUGUAUCCGUCCCGCACGGGAGCGUUUUCAUGACAAGAGUUGUGUGCAUCCCCGGUUUCGCGUUGAAGAGGAUGCCGCGACUAUUGUAGAGCGAUUUUUAUAGUCUGUCGAGGGCGUGACUGACUCUACAGUCCCUAUGGGCAAUCGUGUCGUCGAUUUUACUAUUCUUCUGAGAUGGUGCUGUCUGGGCACUUGUUUGCUGUUGUGACGUGAGUUAUGUUUACAGUUACUAUGGGUCCGUUGUGCCCGUCAGUUGACAUCGAUUAAUACUUGGCUAUUUUCUCCUCCAUGCCAAUAGUCAGUCCUGAGUUUGUUCAACCGAAGAUAAUGUGAUCCACGCCUCUCUGCAAGCCUGUCCUUGUCAUUGUCUUUAGCGUGCAAUCAUCCGUGGACUAGAGGUCGUGGCUACUGGCCUUGGAAACUGUCAUUGAAGUCUGCAUGCGUCGGAUGUUGGGCAGUUUUCCGUUAGUCUGACAGCCGAUGUUUAUUCCUGGUCUCUUUCCACGGACGGUGGCCAUCAGCAUUGCUGAGAUAUGAUGGGGGCAAGCACACAACCCCGUCUCAUUUUCGAAGCCGCCUCGUUGUCCAUGACACAUGCCAUAAUCCAAUCGUGUGACUUCCUUACCAUUUGUGUGAAUCGCACUAGACAUCUGAAUUUCUGCAUGAUUCUUCAGAUUCCAUCGCGGUUCACUGUGUCACAGACUUUCGUCAGCUCCACGAAGGUAGUGUAGAGUCUGGUUUGGAAUCUGCAUGAUGUUUCUGCAGGGAGUCUCUGCUCCAGAUACAUGGCUCAAGCGAUUGAGUAAUAAGUUCGGCUCCUAGAACUGGCUGCGCUGCAGGUGCGUUGAACUAAAAGCGCGUGUUCGACCGGCUCGAGGCAUUCGUUUAUCGGGCAACGCAGGAGUCCAUAACUACUGCCGCUCAAGCGUGUGGUGGCACGCCUCAGACCUAGGCCUUCACACUGGGUCAGCCGCUGCGCCUACACUCACCAAUAGUUGGUUUCGGGGCUCAGAGAGUCGACUAGUUCACGGUAAAGGUAAGGGGGAGUAAAGUCGACACCUGGGGAUCCGUUCUCAUGGCAACUCAGCGCACUCCGUGCUAUAAUAAAGCUGACACGCUUGAACCUAUCAUGACGGGCUCUGUCAGAUGGAUCAUAAGUACUUGAUCAGAUCUCAAUUAACCAGUACCUCGCCAGCUUAUCUUCUUUAUUGUUAGCCUCGGCGCUUCCGUAGCUGCUUUUAGUGCUUUUACUCCAUCCGUUUCACAUGACUUACCGUCUGCGUUUCUAUUAUGAAGGUUGUGGAGGACAUCAACUGCCCUCAGAGCCUACGCGAUCGCCUUGAGCAGAUUUUCGCCAAAAAUCGACUCUCCAUCUCCUCACAGAUUGCGAGUGAUGGUUGCGGUGACAACAGCGUCCCAUCCUCGGGACCCUCUCCACUUGCUCGGAGGGAGGCUAUCCUUGCGCACUUUUCAAACGCCUCCAUUCCGGUCGAGGUCAGGAAUGAAGACGAGUCUAUUAGUAUCUACUCCGGCGUUGUGGUCAUCCAACCGCCAUAUCUGCCCAGCUGUUGUCGCAGCAGCAAUGCCAUUGUGCUAAAACGUGUCCAGGAUAUGCUUAAUGCCCUGAAAAUUUCCUAA